AUCAAACAUCAUGGCUGAGCACAGGCAUGCAGGUGGAUCUCAGGAGGCGGAAGAAUUGCGAGUUGUCUGUAACUCAGCAAAACUCCAGGAAACAAGUGAAAUCUGUGAGACACUGUUGUAAAGAUGUUUAUUAAAGAGGAGAGUGAAGAUAUGGAUUAUCCAGAAACAUGCAGAAUUAAAACAGAACACACUGAGGAACAAACAGAGUUGAUGGAAAUGAAAGAGGAAAGUCAAGAACUGAAUAAAGUGGAGGAGGAACAUCAGUAUCAGAAUCCUCAUUUCUUAACUGAAGAAAAAUCUUUCAGUUGUUCACAGACCGAGAAGAAUGCAUCACAAAACAAAACUCAAGCCAAAAAUACCUUCACCUGCCCUCAGUGUGGAAAGAGUUUUAAGCAUAAAGGAGACCUUUUGAUUCACAUAGGUCUUCACAAUGGAGAGAGCCCUUUCACAUGCUCUCAGUGUGGAAAAGGUUUUGCAAAGAAAGAGAGUCUGAAGAGACACACAAAAAUUCACACCGGAGAGAAACCUUUUGCAUGCUCUCAGUGUGGAAAAGCUUUUGCAAAGAAUGAUCGUCUUAAGAGACACACAAGAAUUCACACCGGAGAGAAACCUUUCACUUGCCCUCAGUGUGGAAAGAGUUUCCUACGGAAAGAAGUCCUUAACAUACACAUUCAAAUUCACACUGGAGAGAGGCCUUUUACAUGCCAUCAAUGUGGAAAAAGUUUCACAAACAAACGUGGCCUUAAAAGACACUUAUUAUUUCACACUGGAGAGAAGCCUUUCACAUGCCCUCAGUGUGGAAAGAGUUUUAGAUGGAAAGGAGAUCUUAACAGGCACACUAAAAUUCACACUGGAGAAAAACCUUUCACAUGUCCUCAGUGUGGAAAAAGUUACAAGGAUGAAAUAGGCCUGAAAAGACACAUGAUGUUUCACACUAGAGAGAAUUCUUGCAUAUGCCUUCAGUGUGGUAAUAGUUUAGCUUCUAAAGAGUCCCUCACUGAGCACAUGAGAAUUCACACUGGAGAGAGGCCUUUCACAUGUCCUCAGUGUGGAAAGAGUUUUAGAUGGAAAGGAGAUCUUAACAGGCACACUAAAAUUCACACUGGAGAAAAACCUUUCACAUGUCCUCAGUGUGGAAAAAGUUACAAGGACGAAAUAGGCCUGAAAAGACACAUGAUGUUUCACACUGGAGAGAAGCCUUGCAUAUGCCUUCGGUGUGGUAAUAGUUUAGCUUCUAAAGGAUCCCUCACUGAGCACAUGAGAAUUCACACUGGAGAGAGGCCUUUCACAUGUCCUCAGUGUGGAAAGAGUUUCACUACUAAAGGGUGCGUUAAUGUGCACAUGAGAAUUCACACUGGAGAGAGGCCUUUCACAUGUCCUCAGUGUGGAAAGAGUUUCAUUACUAAAGGGAGCUUUAAUGUGCACAUGAGAAUUCACACUGGAGAGAAGCCUUAUGCAUGCCAUCAAUGUGGAAAGAGUUUCAGUCGGUUAGACAACCUAAAAAAACACAAGAGAGCGCAUACUGGAAAGAAGCCAUAACUGCCCUUCAUGUGGGAAAAGUCCAAGAAAAGGGUAUCACCCAGAGAUGAUGUAAUAAGCAAACUGAAUGUUAUGGUAUGUCAUUUACAGUUCAGGUACUCGAGUUCGGACUCUGAUUCAAGUCCUGUCUCGAGUCCAGCUUUUAGCGGACUUGGAUGAAUUUUUAUUUGGACUUGGACAUGACUCAUUAAAUAGAAAGAAAAAAAGAGCUGUAAAAAUUAACGCAUUAGAUUAAUUAGGGUGGAACUUUUGUGAUGUGUCUGGCGGGGAAAUUAUACUGCAUAAACAAACAAACAACAGUAAUUCAGUGUCAAUGAUCAAGUGGAGAAAGGACCUCUUACGAAAAGUACUUCAUGUCCGUCAUGAGGAAUAUGACCCCAGAAGCACAUCAAGUUUUACAAGCCAAACACAUGAUAUAUGGAGUUCUUCUGUGGAUCGACUCUUCACUCACAUAAUUUAAACUUUGUACCUGUUGGCGCUGAGCUUUUGAUGCGUCGGACAAUGAUUAUCGGACAAUUCGGAUGUAGUAUCAUUAUGUGGGCAGUGCCAGCACAAAAAGCUGAAAGAUCCUGUCUGCAGCACUUUUCAAAGCUGUGCUCUGAUGUGAACCAUGUGAAUUCCAUAUCCAAAGAAGAUAGCGACAGUCGGCUGGUCAGUUAUUAUUGUGGAAGAAUAGGGUUUAAGAGAUUUAAGAGAAAUGGGAGAACUAGUUAUUUAAAUUAGUCAACCUCCCAAUUAGACUUUGAGAAAUGUUUAAUGUUAUUUGAAUUGGUGCAUUUUUAGUGCAUUUCUAUCUUUAUACUG